AUGGCGGGGGCAUUCAGCGUGGCAGGGGCGUGCGCGGCUGCCCUGAGCACCGCCACGGCCGGGCACCGGCAGCUGGUGCUGCAGCUGGGCGGCAGCGCGGACUGUGCCCAGCUGCGGGAGGAGCUGCGCCGCAGCAGCGCCCGGGCCCGCGAGCUCAGCGCCGGCCUGCGCAGGGCGCUGGUGGCCGGGCUGCAGCACCCGCCGGCCAGCCCCGAGGAGCGCCGGGAGCUGGAGCGGCUGUGGGUGCUCUUCCUCUCCGCCCUGGAGCUCCUCCUGCGCGACCUGCGCCGAGCCCACCGCCUCGGCCAGCUCUUCGCCCCGCAGGGCCCCGGCGCGGCCCCGCUGCGCACCGGGCUGGGCGGCCGCCCCCGGGGCGGGGGGAGCCGCGGCCCCCAGCAGCCCCCAGCCGCCCUGUGCCCCGAGGAGGAGGUGGAGCAGGUGAGGGCCAUGCUGGCCGAGAUGGAGAGCAGAGCCAACAUCCCCGUGUGGGCGGUGGAGGCCGGGCAGCGGGGCCGGGCGGGGGGCAGCGGCGGUGUGGUGGCCCGGGGGCCGCGGCCAGGCACUGGGCUCUGCUGCACGGUGCUGUGA